ACAUAGAACAACAACAACAACAUCACAGUGAAACAUGGGAAUUCCAGGACUUACAACCUUCGUUAAUUGCAAUCCACAACUUACGAAGGAAUUUCCGCUGCAUUCAACAAGGCUUGUUAUAGAUGGCAAUAGCCUGUAUCAUUUCAUUUUUGAAGAUACCCGUAUGGAUUUCUAUCAUGGCGGGGAUUAUGAUCAGUAUGCGUUUGAAAUCACAGAAUUCUUUAGACUCCUUCACUCCUGCAACAUCGAGCUUUAUGUUGUGUUUGAUGGUGGUACAUGUAAUGAUCCAAAUGACAUAAAAUUUCAAACAAUACAAAAGAGAAUGAAGCAGAAACUUGAAAACGCCAUGCGAAUUGCUAGUGGACUUCGAGGCAAGAAAAGAGUUAUGCCAAUCCUUGCAUUUGAUACUUUUAAAGCAGUUUUGAAGAAACUGAGCAUACCAUUUGCAGUGUGUGAUUUCGAGGCUGACAAAGAAAUUGCAAUGCUUGCAAAUACGUUGAACUGUCCUGUUCUAUCAAACGAUAGUGAUUUCUUUAUUUUUCCAUUGACGGGCGGAUUUAUUAGUUUUGACAAAGUAAUUUUCAGUUUACAAGAAAUUAAAGGGGAGAAUAACAGCGUGGAACAUUUUCUUCCUGCCAGACUCUAUCAUGUUGAUAAUUUCUUUCCGUCUUUGGGGAAAGAAGUUCUUCCAUUGUUAGCUGCCCUCCUUGGAAAUGAUUAUAUCGACAAAGAUGUGUUUAAAUCUUUCAAUGAUUCAAUCCAGUCAAAUGAAUGUAAAACACAGGAUUGGAAAUCACCUGGUGACAAGAGGACUCUCAAAGUUGUUCUUUGGUUACAAGGGUUGAACUCAUAUAGUGAAGGCAUAAAAGAAAUCAUAUCGAAAGCAGGGUCACAAAAUGAGAAAACUAUUUCAUCGGCUCUAGAAACAAUUAUUGAAACAUUUCAAGCAAAUGUACCGGAAACUGAAUCUUCUCUAUAUUCAUACUUCAUGGGAAAAGAACAGAUAGGUGAAAAUCAAAUAAGACGUGUUAAUGGAUCCGUGAUUCCCAUGUGGUAUCUUUCUCAUCACAGAAAAGGGUCGCUAUCUCCAAAUUGUUUGGACAUUAUUACAUUACACAGAAAGUUUUUAAGUCCUCAGGUAGAAGAUCCAAACUCAUUAGCUUCCUCUUAUCAAUCUAGCGUAAACCUAAGAAAAUAUAUGUAUGGAAUAUUGCUCUCAGAGGACAGUGCCGAUUUUGAGACAAAUGGAGCCUGGGGAUUACAAGCAAACAUGAAAAGUGUUGUUAAGGAGUUUGAUAGAAGAGGAGAUAUAAUUAUUAGUCAGGUUAUAAACCCUGUAAAACUUGAGACCUAUUCUGGCAAAUCGAUUAAACUAUCAGAUAUUCCAGACCUAUCCCGAAAUGAGAAAAAAAAUCUACUUCGCAUGAUUUUAGAUAUACCUUGUUUUAACAUUGAUCAUAUGACACCAGAUCUUGAACUAAUUCUUGGAUUAGUUAUAUUUUGGAUAAAGAAUUCCCAGCGAAAGGUAACCAUUUCCCAUAUGCAAAGUGUCCUGGUUUGUUUGAUAAUGCUAAAAGUAAAGUGGGCUCUUAUGUACCCUGCUUCAAUCGGGUGUGAUAAAAAUUUGAUAGAAGCUGCAGUAUUUGGCAUAAAAACUAAAACUUUAAAAAUCGUCAAUGAAAAACUAUAUAAGUAUAGUAAAUAUACAAAGUCUAGAACAUCUCGAGUAGACUGUGGUCUAAUCCAUGGCUUUGCACAGUUUCAGACUUGCAUUUUGGCUACUAUGCAUUUGAAUUCUCUUUUGCUGGACCCCUUUCCAGGUCCAUACAUACCACACAUAUUUUCAGGAACUUUUCUAUAUAACUUUUGCAAAGAACUCCAUAGAAGAAGAGAUCCUGAUCAAUUUAUAUAUGAAAUGCUAUCAAAGAAUUCAAAUCUUAUACAGAUUUAUCAAUGCCUCUUUGAUGCUGUCAAUAAAGCUGUAGGCCCAACUGCAUUUAGAUAUACAGAGAACAGAUAUCAUUAUAGCGAAUACACUCCAUACGGAGGAAAACUGCAUGAUGGAAAAUGUUUACCACACAUAAAUGAAUCUGUUGAAAAUUGUUCAAUGCCUGUCUUUUUGAGGAAAACUAGAAUAAGGCUAAAACGAAAAGAUCAAGUGCAACAGAUGUUGCUAUGCACUGAUUUUGAAUUGUAAAUUUAAAAAAAAAUCAUUGGAAGAAAACCUGUUGUUAAAAGCUAUAAGAUCUUGACCUUACACCCGUAUGAGUACAUGUAUUUAUCUGUCCGUGCACGUAAGUGAUACUAAUGAAACAACCAGUGAUUUCAUCUUGUACAAGAAUGUGAAAACAUCAAAACGUUGAACCACUUCACGAAACUUUAAUCGAUUUUAUACAAUCAAAUGUGUUGCUGUGUCGGUUCGAUGAAUAAUGUAUUUCUCGGGUACCUAAUCAUCAUAAGGAUCGGG